UAAACAGAGAGCAAGAGGGCUCUUCAUGUGGUUGUACUAAUUAUAGAACCUCUAGUUCGGGACACCACAUUAAGCACAACUUAUUAUUUACAGUUAUCGAUUGAUAUUUCGUUUGGCUAAGUCGUUAUACGAAUUGCAAAAUGCCACCAGCAGAAAAGGAUCGACCCGGCAAGGUGUUUGUAGGUGGUUUGGCCAUUGAAACCACCGAAGGAGCAAUUAAAGCAAAGUUUUCGAAGUUUGGCAAGAUUUCUGAAGUACUGCUCGUGAAAAACAGAGAGACUGAGGUUUCCAGAGGGUUUGGAUUUGUGACAUUUGAAAAUCCUGCUGCCGCUGAUGCUGCAGUCAAAGAAAUGAAUGGAUUUGUACUGGAUGGAAAACCACUGAAAGUAGACAACGCUCUGAAGGCUCUCCAUACACAUGAUGCUGGAAGUCGAGGAAGGGGUGGACGAGGUGGGUCUAUGGGCAGAGGUGGACCACCACGAGGGGGAUUUAGUGGAAGAGGACAUCCUCCCCCACUCAUGAGAAGGGGCCUAAGUGGCCCGCCGCGUGGUGGACCCCCGCGUGGUGGACCCCCACGUGGUGGUUCCUCGCGUGGAGCUCCAAGAGGCAGAGGCGGACUUCUUGGUGAUGGUCGAUCAAUGAUGAUGCGUGGUAGGGGAGGAGCAGGAUCACCAAGAUCUAAUGGUCCAAGGCCCAUGGGGCCCAGAUCGGAACCUAGGCCUUUUCCUGGUGGCCCAAACGGCAGGCCGUUGCCGCCAAGUCUAUUGGAUCAUGAUGCUGAAAUGAGGCCUGGCAGGUCUCGAGGUGGAUAUGAAGAUAACUACGGUCCUCCUGCACAAAGACCUGGAGGAGAUAGAGCUCUUUUGUCCACUCCACGUCGUUACGUAGAUGAUGAGUAUGGUCCGCCAAUGAAAAGAAGCAGACCAGAACCUUCGUACCCUGACCAGGCUGUUGAAGAGUAUCCUCCUGCAAGAGGAGGUUAUGCGCAAGAAGAAAAUGGCUAUGGUAACCACAGAGCUCCAGAUUAUAUUCCUGAAAGACCUUCUAAACACUCAUUAUAUGGCCGCUCUCCUGCAAGAGAAUAUGGUGACAGCCGUGCAGAACUUCCACCACGCGACCCUGUACAUGCCCGCGAUCCAGGUCAACCACGGGAUUCAGUAUUAGGCCGAGCCCCUAGUAGGUAUGAAUAUGGAGAUGCACGGCCUGAGCUUGGUCCGUCCCGUGAUAGGCUUGCACGAGAGCCUGCUGUUGCAAGAGGUUACCCAGCUGCCAGGGAAGCUCCUCGAGAUUACCCACCACGUGAAAGAGACCCGUAUGCAUCACGUGGAAGCUACGCUGAGCCUGCUGCUGAGCGAGAUCCAUACCCAGCUGCUCGACGCGAGCCAGCGACUGCCUCUCGAGGCUAUGCCGCUGGUGGGUAUGAGGAACGUGAAUACCCACCUCGUGCUGAUGCGUAUGAGAGGAGCGCACAACAACCAUCAUACAGUCGGGAAUACCCAGGAGAAACUCGUCCCGUGCGACCGGCUCGUCCAGCUUAUGCUGACCCCUAUGUUGACCCUGCUGCUGCCAAGGAUUACGGUACCCAAGCACGAGGAAGAGCAAGUGCCAGUUAUAGCACACCUCGCGAAGGUUUUGCCGAUGCUCGAGCAGAGCGUCCUCGCAUGGAUUACGGAGCACGUGAUCCAUUCGGCGCCAGUGCUGAACCAGCACGUGGUGCACGAAGAGCCCCUCCAGCUUCUCGGGGUUUCGAACGAUAUUAGAUAUUGAUAAAAACACACUGCUAGUUUGAAUGAAUUGAUAAAAAUGUUAUUGAAACACUAGCAUUUACAAUUGAAACUGGUUUACUUUCAGUAAAGUGUCUUUAACUGCGACUUUCAUUGUUUUAUCCCAUUGUAUCCUGUGUUUAAUCGUACAUUUUUAAGUCCUAUUCAGAUAUGUUAUCAAUUUGAGUUUAAAUCUUCGGUAAACAAGGUUGAGAAAGAAAAAAAGAAAAACAAGCAAUCAUUGACAAAUGUAAAUCGUUUUGUACUCUCAGGUCACAAGUAUGACAAACUGGUAAUAUAAAAUGAAUGAAAAACAAAAGAAAUGUAAUUUAUGUAAAGUAUGACAAUCUGGUAAAAUGAAAUGAAUGAAAAACUAAAGCAGUGUAAAUUUAUGUAAAUGAAACUCAUUGUUAGUGAUAAAAGAUUGUGUACAUCAUUUGGCAGCAUCAACCUUCUGAAGUAUUGAAAAAAAUUUAUAAAAAUCGUUCUUAUAUCAAAGCGAUAAUUGAGUUUGUACUAUAUCAUUAUUUGCGUACAGUAAUUUAAAAAAAAAUGAAAACCUUUUUUUUAACAUGUAUUGAUUUUAUUUUAUGUAAAUAACGUGUAUUCAAUGUAUUUUUCGGCUGCAGGUUUAACUUGUCCUUGUAACCAUUCUUAAGUUUUAGUAGUUAUUAAAUUUCAAAUUUACCUGAAGUUUUAAAAAUUUGUUUAUUGUCAUAAGUAAAAAAAAUGUUAAAUUGUAAAAUCCAGCAAAUUUGUGAAUUAUGUAAAAAUUCUAAAAAAAAGUUGGGCGAUUUUUGCGAUAUGGAGAUUGGUCAGCGUUAGGCAGCCAGAGAUAUUAACACGGACGUUGCUAAAUGUAUUUAAGUGUUAACAAAGCCUUUAUAAUUAAAGUCCAUGAAAAAAUGUAGAGUGUUUCACAUUAAAUGAUCUUUUUAAGUGUUAAUUGAA